GAAAACCUAAACCAAAAAUCUAAAACCAAAUCAAAACAUACGUCAAACCAGUCACUCAGUCAAGUCAAGUCAAGUAAAGUCAAGUCAAUCAAUCAAUCAAUCAUGCUAAAGAUACAUAUGUUGGAGCAGGUCGUCAACACAGAAAACGUCUGCGAGAAUGCCCAGGAGCUAUCACCAAAGCGCAAAGUGGCCGUCGCCGGAGGAAGUUCAUCGUCGAAUGGUGGGAGUGCCAAAAGUACGCCCACAGUUUCGGCCACCUCAUCGCCCCAUCACCAUCAUCCCACGCCACCCCAAAGACACAUUCAUGCCACUGGGAAUGGUGGGGGAGGGAGUGGCAAGAGCGUCAGUCAAGGAUCAUCGCCAGCGGGACGUCAGCAUGCCUUCAUGGCGAAUACACAGAAGCAACAGCCGGGAGGAGGCAGCAAUGGGGGCAGUGUCACCCACAGUCCGGAACGUCUGCGAGGAGCCACACAGGAUCUCUUUGAGCUACUGGAACGAGUUCAGUGCUCGCGUCUGGAUGAUCAGCGAUGUGUUUUGCCAGCGUAUUUCUCACAGAAUCACCAUCGCGGCAGCACCACCAGCGAGGAGCGUGUGCCACAGCCCCAUUCCCCACACGAUUCCGCCGUCUCCACUCAUCCACAUAACGGCUCGCUCCAGCACUCCGGUUCACGGGCCACACUUCGGCACUCGAUGAAUCACUCUAGCACCUCCGUUUCCGGCUCUGCAUCGAGCUCCACACCAGCAUCACCACAAUUGAGCGGCGUGAUCACCGCCUCUGGUGGGCAGCUGUUAUCCAAUGGACACCACUAUCAAUCGCAGUCAUCGGUUAGCUCGAACUCGUCGAUUGUCUCGGCCAUUCCCGCCUCGCAGCGUCUGCUGGAGGAUGCUUUAGCCAAACCGGCUCCAUACCCAAUGAUCAUGUUGCCCCUCCAUGGUGGCUACUGGCAGGAUGGCACCGAGCAUGAGUGUAGCUACGAUGCCCGCGGUAAUCCCCUUCUGCCGCAGACAACCUGGAUGGCCAAGUUCGAGACCGACGAUACGGCCAAGUGCUAUCGCCGAUUCUACGCAGCGCGAGAGCACUCCAAUCUGGUGGGACAUGACGAGCAGUUGGGCCCAGUGCUCAUCUCGAUUAAGACCGAAAACGUGGCAAAUCAGGAGCACAUGCGAAUACUCCUGAGAUUACGCACUGGCACAAUGCAUGAACUCAUACCAGUAUCGUGUCUGGGCUCUCAGCCCAGUCCCUCCAAGAUGGUGAAGCUGCUAAACGAGCAAAUCCAUGUGGACAACUUUAUGCCGGUGCUGUGCCCAAAGGCCUCGCAGCUGAUCAGUGUAUACGACGAGCAUGUCCUUGUCUCGCAAUUCAAAUUUGGGGUGCUAUACCAAAGAUAUGGACAAACCACCGAGGAGGAGUUGUUCGGCAACCAGCAGACGUCGCCGGCCUUCGAAGAGUUCCUCGAUGUCCUGGGCCAACGCAUUAGACUCAAGGAGCACAAGGGCUAUCGCGGUGGUCUGGACAUCCAGAAUGGACACACAGGCGACACGGCCGUUUACGAGGUAUUCAAAGAACGUGAGAUUAUGUUCCAUGUUUCGACGCUCCUGCCCUACACUGAGGGUGACUCGCAACAGUUGCAGCGCAAGCGUCACAUUGGCAACGACAUCGUGGCCAUAGUGUUCCAGGAGACAAACACUCCCUUCUCCCCGGACAUGAUUGCCAGUCACUUUUUGCAUGCAUUCAUUGUGGUGCAGCCGCUGGAGCCGAAUACUCCUCACACACGCUACAAGGUGAGCGUAACAGCUCGCGAUGAUGUGCCCUUCUUCGGGCCGACGCUACCCAAUCCGGCGGUUUUCCGCAAGGGACAGGAGUUCAAGGAGUUCAUACUGACCAAGUUGAUAAAUGCGGAAAAUGCCUGCUAUAAGGCCGAAAAGUUUGCCAAACUGGAGCUGCGUACCCGUACCUCGCUCCUGCAGAAUCUCGUCGAGGAGCUGAAAGAGAAGACCCGAGACUUCUUGGGUGCCGACUUGUCGCAGACUCUGGCCGGCAGUCCCACUCCCGAGACACCUAAAUCGGAAAGUGGCGGAGGCAAUGCUGGCUCCCGUUUCAUAGAUACGGUGAAGAAGGCGUUGAUCAUGAGAGUGCGCUCACAGAGCGUUGACACCGGGAACGGACAUGGCAGUGUUCAGGACAAGUUCAGUGUGAAUACCAAACUUGGCACUCUGAAUGCAAAGAAAGAGGCACCUGUCGAGACGCAGACCCCCAAUCUGAAUACUUGCAGUCGCACAGCCUCGAAGUCGUCUUCAAAGUCGAAGUCAUCUAAUGAAUCCACCUCAUCGUCGCCGGACAUUACAUCGCGUCAGGCCAACAACAACAACAACAAUAACAAUGGCCAACAGGGUAUCGCCGCUGCUGCCGUCAGUGCCGCUCAAAACGGCGGUAUUGUAGGUGUAGUGGGAGGCGUGGCAGUGGCCACCAUGUCGGAAACAAGCGACGACUCAAGCUUGAACAGCGUGGACUUGGAUCCGAUGAUGGGACACUUGGAUGGUGGCGCCACCUACAUAGACAGCGAUACUGGGCUGGAGAGCAUGAGCUCCGCCGAGGCCACAACCAAAGCCUGCUCGCUCUGUCUAGACGGGGGAGGACAGGCCACCAUGAUGGGAAGCUCCCCCAGCAGCGAGACGAUUGUGAAAAUUGAAAAUUUGCGGCAGGAGGUGACACGGUUGAAGUGCGAUAAACUCGAUCUUCUGCGUCAGAAUGUGACCUGCCAACGCGACAUUAAACGUCUCCGAGAGCGCGAACUCUCGCUACAGGGCGAUUUGGCAGCUGCCGGACGGGAAAUUCUACGUUUGCGCGAUCUACUCAAAGAGUAUAUGCCGGAUACGGCACAAGCUCCACUCUCCAUAUCACCCAUCUAAGCGUCUAACGCGUCUAAAGCGGGAGCGAGAUUUAGCGAAAGGGAGGAGUAACCACUGUGCCGUGUAUAACACUUGGGGAACGAUGUUGUUGUUGUUGGCGUAGAGAGAUGAAACAACUGUAUUAUAUUUAGUUUGCAUUAGCUGUAACUCAAAGAGAUAGAUAUCGGAUCGGAUCCGAUCGAUUGGAUCGGGUCGGAUCGAAUUGGACUAGCAGCAGGCAUGCGCAGAAAAAAAAACAAAAUAAAGAAAUUAUCAUAACAGUUACAGGACGAAGGACGAUGGAGAGCAAAAAAACAAAAAGCAAACACACAAAACUCAAAAAAGUACACCAAAUAUAUAUAUAGAAUAAGUCUUUAAGCAUAUUUAACGCAAAGAAAUCGCAAAGAAAAUUGCAAAAACCCUUAAUCCUAACACUAAGUAGAAGCAUCACACACACACACACAUACACCAACAUCCACAUAGUUACCAAUUAGAGGAUCAAUCUGCAUUCAUACCGACUACAUACAUACCCACAAAUACAUACAUGCAUACAUAUAUUUAUAUUAACUAAUUGAUAAAAAAGAUAACCAAAAUCCACGAUAAUCACUUGUAGUAACUCGUUACUCGUUAGUCGCUCACGUUUGCGUACUCGUUACCGUGACUCUCGUUAUCACAUUCGCAAGUAAACCUCGAAACGGAUAUGUAUACAAAUAUUACGGAUAAUAAAAGUUAAGCUUUUAAACACUUGAACCCCGCCCCCUAUCCUCCUCGAUAGUUUUUAACAACCCCAACCGAAACGGAUGUUAAGCAGAAAUAAACUCUUACUUAACACUAAGUUUAAGUUGCUUUAAAUAAACUAAA